CGUGCCUGGGUCAGACAGGUUCAAUCCCAAUGUACAACAUCCCAACCAAAUCACAACACAAUGCUACGACAAACAGGCGCACGUCUUGCGCCUCUGGGUCGAGCUGCUCGGUCAACACUAUCGUCAUGUACUGUCGGCCGUGCGACCAAGCGAGGCCUAUCGACACAAAUCGACGCCAUCCCCAAAGAGCCCACUGACCUCGACAACAUCACAACCCUACCCAACGGUCUACGUGUCGCAUCUGAGGCUCUCCCAGGGUCUUUCUCGGGUGUUGGUGUCUACGUCGACGCCGGCUCUCGUUUCGAAAAUGAGUCUCUUCGAGGUGUCUCGCACAUUAUGGAUCGUCUAGCGUUCAAAUCGACGAGCCAGCGAUCAGCAGACGAGAUGCUCGAGACGGUCGAGCAACUAGGCGGCAGCAUCCAGUGCGCCAGCUCCCGGGAGAGCAUGAUGUACCAAGCCGCGACGUUCAACCAAGCCGUGCCCGAGACAACGAAACUCCUCGCCGAAACUAUUCGCGACCCCCAGAUCACAGAGGACGAGGUCGACGCGCAGCUCGAGACGGCGCGAUAUGAAAUCGCCGAGAUCUGGAGCAAGCCGGAGCUGAUCCUCCCCGAGCUCGUGCACACGGCGGCCUUUAAGGACAACACUCUCGGCAACCCGCUGCUCUGCCCGGAGGAGAGGCUCGCAAACAUUAAUCGCGACACGGUGAUGAUGUACCGGGAUCUGUUCUACAGGCCGGAACGCAUGGUGCUAGCGUUUGCGGGUAUCGAGCACGGCGAGGCCGUCAAGUUGGCCGAGGAGCAUUUUGGUGAUAUGAAGAGCCUCCAGGAGAUUACAUCGACAGGAUCGGAAACGAGCGGGUCGGAUUCAGAGUCGUCGAGCUCCUCUCAAUCAUCAUCGCCGAUACUCUCCAAGAUUCCCUUCUUUGGCAAGGGAUCGUCAAACAACAGCGGCACCUCGACCGCGCAGCUCACGCCGCCCUCGCAGGAGCAGAUCAUGAAGCCAUCGCACUACACAGGUGGCUUCCUGUCUCUCCCGCCGCAACCGCCCUCGCUGAACCAGCAGAUCUUCACGCACAUCCACCUCGCCUUUGAAGGUCUGCCUGUGGGGUCGCCGGACGUCUACGCCCUGGCUACGCUGCAGACUCUCCUCGGUGGUGGCGGGUCCUUCUCCGCCGGUGGGCCCGGCAAGGGCAUGUACUCGCGUCUCUACACCAACGUACUGAACCAGCACGGCUUCGUCGAGAGCUGCGUCGCGUUCAGCCACACAUACACCGACAGUGGUCUGUUCGGCAUCUCGGCGAGCUGCAUGCCCGGCCACACCAGCGCCAUGUUGGACAUCAUCUGCCAGCAGCUCAACGCGCUGACGCUCGAGUCCGGACACGCCAGACUGCAGGAGAACGAGGUCGAGAGGGCCAAGAACCAGCUGAGGAGCAGCCUGCUCAUGAACCUCGAGUCGCGCAUGGUGGAGCUCGAGGAUCUGGGAAGGAGCGUGCAGGUGCACGGACGCAAGGUCCCUGUGCGGGAGAUGUGUCGCGCCAUCGAGAGCCUGACCGUCAAGGACCUGAGGAGGGUCGCAAAGGAAGUCGUCUGCGGGCUGGUGCAGAAUCCCGGCCAGGGCAGCGGUGCGCCGACGGUGGUGCUCCAGGAGGCGCAGGCGUAUGGACUGACGAGCCAUACUAUGAGCUGGGAUAAGAUUCAGGAUCGCAUUGACAAGUGGAAGUUGGGACGAAGGUAACAACAAGACUGCUAGACGAGGCAUGCACGGGUCAUGACACUGUACUAUAAGCCGUGGUGUAUCAUAGAAACAUAGAAGCAUUGUAAUC